AGUCACUCCCUUUUGGAAGUCUGAGCCAUCAUGUUGGUCUAUAAGGUGACUGUGGGUCUGCUGGCCCUGCUGCUGGUCUGUUCUGUCCGAGCUGAGGAGGAGCCUGUUUUUGAGGACGCCUCUGCUGAUCUGUCUGUGGGAGAGCUGCUCGAAAGAGCCAACAGAAACAUCAUUCGUGACUUUGAUGAGCCUGAGCUGACUGAAGGAGACAUUGCCAUUGACAAUGAGAGGAAUGCUGAUCCCUGCACUUCUAGCGGCUGCAUGUGGCCCAAGUAUAGUGACGGCAAAGUUUAUGUGCCCUACGUCAUCGCCAACCACUACUCCUCCCGUGAGCUUCAGAUCAUCCAGCGUGGUUUGGACUCCUUCUCUUCCAUGUCCUGCAUCCGCUUCAAGCGCCGCUCCAAUGAGAGGGAUUAUCUCAGCAUUGAGUCUCGCGGUGGAUGCUACUCUUUCGUUGGACGCCGUGGUUAUGCCCAGACUGUGUCUCUGGACCGCAAUGGCUGCAUCUACCACAACACCGUCCAGCACGAGCUGCUCCACGCUCUGGGCUUCAACCACGAACAGACCCGCAAUGACCGUGACAACCACAUCCGUGUUGUCUGGGAGAACAUUAUUGAUAACAUGAAGCACAACUUCAACAAGAUCAACACCCUUAACCAGGGAACUCCCUAUGACUACAACUCAGUCAUGCAAUACCACAGAACUGCUUUCUCUAAGAAUGGUCAGCCCACCAUGGUCCCCAUCCCCAAUAGCAAUGUUGCCAUUGGCCAGGCAACUCAGAUGAGCCAAAACGAUAUCACCAGACUCAACAGACUCUACAAGUGCUAGACUGAUGAGUGCUGCAGAGACCCUGUCUUCAUAGUUGCCUCCUGAUCAAACUUCUCUGGGAGUUGAGAGAUACGCCUCUGUUUGUUGUGACACCAGUUCGAGGCUG